UUGAAUUAUAUAUAUUUACAAGUUUUUGUCUUUAUUUAUUAAUUUCGCUUAUAUUAAAAAUUUCAUUCACAGUCUUUUAUAAAAUAUAACAGGUAUAUCGCGAUAAAAUAAUAAUUUGUUGACAAUAUUAAUGUUAUGCAUAAAAAUAUUAAACACUAAAUAACUGUAAAUUCGAUAAACCAUAAUCAGCAGUAUUCACAGGAAAUGAAUACUAUGCAUAUAAGUUUUAUUUUUAUUUAGAUAAGUAGUUUAUACAAAUUAUUUAUAUACGUAAUUACAUUAUACAUUAUAUAAUAUAAAUAAUCGCGUCAUAUAUCAUGUAAGUAAAUAAUUUUAUCGCAAUAGAUGAUUAUUGUGACAAUAGAUAAAAAAAACACAAUACAAUUGUUUAAUUCAGUCUAUUCUACCUAACAAUUACUAAAAAUCCUAAUUUUUGAAAAUUCAAUUUUUCCGUCAAUUCAAGUUUGAACAUUUUUGUGUUUGCAAGUUUAAAUUCUGACGAAUUGUAUCGAAGAUAGGCACGCGUGCGCCGUAUCGAUCCAAAAUUGACGACUCUUGUCUUCUCUGAAAAGCAACUGCAGUGCCCAAGUACAUAUCGGUCCAAUGAAUUUAUUACAUUUAGAACAUGGGAAAUUGCCUGUCUAAUAACAAUGCGUUGCUUUGGUCGGAAGUUCCUAAUCUGGUUAAGUUUGAUGUUCCUCUUUAUUCUGGUUGGCCGACUCUUGGUCAAUCGUGGAUUUUAUUUACCAAUACUGAUAAUUAGUACCAGUGAUAUCUUAAUACCGAAAAGUUAUUCAAGUUCUCAGCAAGAUGUGCAGACAGGAGGAGCAUUUGCCUUCGUAGCAGGCAUGUACAUGGCGGGUCUACAACCUAGGAACAGAAGUUUUUGCAGAUGGUACCACGGCCUGCCGAAUAUGCUUUCGUAUCCGGCGUCCAAAGUCAGCUGGAGCCCUGAAAUCGGUGAGAAGAGUCCCUACAGAGUUCUACCGUUCAUAUUACGCGGAACCGAGGAGAGGAACAAGCUGCCUCAGGUGACCCUCUGCACGCACGCCACUGCAGAUCAGGUCUAUGGAAUUGUGGAAUUAGCUCGGAGAUGGGAAGGUCCAUUAAGUCUGGCCAUUUUCACGCCUGGUCUCGACGCUAGUAUCGCCGUUGCUCUCCUCGAUCGGGCCUGUCGAUGUGAACCUGAAAUGUACAAGGUCUCUGUACACCUGGUAUUUCCGGCGGGUCGUCCACCAGCUUUAGAACAGAUUCAGGUUCAAGUUCAAGGUGAUUGUGCAGCGUCUGAUCUUCAGAAAGGAGAUGCAGAAACUGAAAGAAAGAAAAGAAGCAUGAUUUAUCCUAUUAACGUAGCUAGAAAUGUAGCUAGAGUUCAAGCAAACUCUAUUCGUGUUUUAGUAACCGAUAUCGAGUUACUACCUAGCCAGAAAUUAGCAUCUGGAUUUAUGGAGAUUGUCCGUGAAAGGCCGCCAAAAGCCGGGAUUAUUUUUGUGGUACCAGUAUUUGAAAUAGAAUCAAAUGAACUACCGCCGUUAACAAAAAAAGAAUUGCUUUUAGCAACGAAGGCUGGUUUAGCUGUAUAUUUUCAUAGAUUUCUUUGCUCACAUUGUCAAAGAUUUCCUGGACUUGCUCGAUGGUUAAUUAGACCUGAUCCGGGUAAAGUCAGACCUCUUAUUAUCACGAAAAGGGAAUAUCCAUAUCACAGAUGGGAACCUGUAUUCAUAGGGACGCAAAACGAUCCCUUUUAUGCUGAAGAAAUGUCUUGGGAAGGCAGACAGGACAAAAUGAGUCAGAUGUUCGAGAUGUGUCUUUUAAAUUAUCGACUAAUUAUACUUGACGGUGCCUUUUUAGUUCAUACACCGGGUAUUAAACGAAAAACAGUAAAAAUUAAUGCAGCGAAACAAGAAUUGUUAAAGCCUCAUGAAAGGAAAAACACUCGUAUCUACCAACGUAUAAUUAAACGUUUAUUGAAACGAUAUCCUACUAAUCGCAAAUGCGCACAAUAAUAUUUUUCGAUAAGAGAAAUCAGUAUUCAGAGAGAUUGCUUUUAAUGUAAGAAUACAAUAAACUAAGAUAUAGAAAAUAGUUACAUAUGUAUAUAUAUAUAUAUA